AUGGGUGCUUGGGGUUCUGGAUAUUUUGAAAGUGAUCUGGCGUGUGACUUUUGGGCACGCGUUAGGGAUACAAAUACAGAAAACACAUUGCAAGAAAUCAUCGACAGUUUGGAAACUGCCAUUAUGAAUGAAGAAGGGUAUCUUGAUAUAUCAGAUUGUGAAGCAGCUACUAUUUCAUCAUUACUUGUUAUUGUUUUUGAUUCAAAGAAAUGGUUUGAAGAAUCUUUCAAUGAUAAACAGAUUCCACAAUUCUACAAAGAAGAAAUUAAUAACUUCAUCAGUCGUAAUCAACAACAAUGGGACAACGAGUACAAAUCAAAGCUCUAUCGUGUUGAAGAAGAACAAGAAGAUUUGAAUAUCAGCCAAUUGGCUGGUAAAGCAUUACGCGGUAAUCUUGAUCCAAAAACCAGUGAAGCAAGUGACCUUUGGAGUGAAACUGAAUACUUUGAAGAAUGGAAGAGUACAAUUCAAAUACUUUUAGAUAGGUUAGAACAAAUAUCCACCUCUAGUAAGUAG